CGCCUCUAUAAAAACCAAGCAAUUUAACACUAGUUGCUGCAAAUUACAGAAAGUUCCUGAUAUUGUAUGUACGUACUCUUAUAAUGGCAAAUAAGCUCAGGUUGGAGGGUAAAGUGGCUAUAAUUACGGGUGCUGCAAGUGGCAUUGGUGAAGCAAGUGCAAGAUUAUUCGUCCAACAUGGUGCUUGUGUGAUCGUCACUGAUAUUCAAGAUGAACUCGGUCUACAAGUAGUGGCGUCCAUCGGAACAGACAAGGCCACCUACCGUCACUGCGACGUCACAGACGAGAAACAAGUAGAGGAUACCGUAGCCUACGCGGUCGAGAAAUAUGGUACUCUCGACGUCAUGUUUAGUAAUGUCGGGACGUUGCACUUUUGCAGCGUCCUCGACAUGAACGUGACGGUCUUCGAUGAGACCAUGGUCAUCAAUGCUCGAGGAUCCGCUUUAGCCGUUAAGCAUGCGGCUAGAGUCAUGGUUGCUAAGAAAAUCCGCGGAUCCAUUAUAUGCACCGCGAGUUUAGAGGGUAUCCUAGCGGGGGCUGCUUCCUUAGCCUACGUAGCGUCAAAGCAUGCAGUCGUAGGCAUUGUGAAAGCGGCGGCACGUGAGCUAGGUCCGCACGGGAUCAGGGUGAAUGGGGUGUCGCCUUAUGGCAUAGCGACGCCCCUGGUGUGCAAAGCCUACGGGUUGGACAUGGCUCCACUGGAAGCAGCAAUAUGUGGAAAUGCUCACUUGAAAGGUGUUACGUUGAGCACGAUGCAUGUAGCACAAGCAGCACUUUUCUUGGCGUCCGAUGAAUCCGCUUACAUAAGUGGUCAAAAUUUGGCUGUUGAUGGUGGUCUUAGUUCUAUUUUGAAGUUAGAAUAAAUCAUCCCUCUCUCGUUGGUGUGCUGUGAUGUUGGCCUUACUUCUAUUUUGAAGCUACAAUAAAUCUUUUCCUCUCUUGUGAGUGUACUGUUUCCUCUUCUUAAGGUUCCACACAAUAUUUGACAGGUCAACUUUGAGUUUACUUAUUUGCUUGUGAAUAUCUACUCAAUUUUAAGCGAGUUGCGUAGAUUAUAUAUGUUUGGGCUUAUGUUAAACACUGCUAAUAUCGAGAGAAAUAUAAAGUAAAAUGAUACAUUUAGAAAUAAUUAUCAGAUUAUAAGCAUUAGGAGAAAGACAUCCAGAAUAAUAUAGUUUGUAAUCAAUCUUAGGUUGAUUGCAGGUCAAAUAUGGGCUGCUGAUUCGUACGUCAAUAUAAAUAAAUUUAUUAAUUAAAAUAUUAUACUUUUGAUCUUA